AUGUUAAAGCUCUUUAGUUUUUUGAAAUCGGACAAAUAUAAAAACUCAUUUAUUUCUGGUUCUGGUUUUGCACUUUGUUAUUUUGUUCCAUAUAAUUAAUCAUAACCUGAAUUUUGGAUCGAGAAAUUCAGAAUUCCAUGGGUUUAAGCUGAUUUUAAUACAUUUGAAAUUAGUUCUUAUGAAAAUUUUAUGGUAACUGGCGAUAAUGAAAAUGUUAAAUUUUGGAGUUUUGAAAAUUUUCUUUAGUUUUUGAAAUCGGACAAAUAUAAAAACUCAUUUAUUUCUGGUUCUGGUUUUGCACUUUGUUUUUUUGUUCCAUAUAAUUAAUCAUAACCUGAAUUUUGGAUCGAGAAAUUCAGAAUUCCGUGGGUUUAAGCUGAUUUUAAUACAUUUGAAAUUAGUUCUUAUGAAAAUUUUAUGGUAACUGGUGAUAAUGAAAAUGUUAAAUUUUGGAGUUUUGAAAAUUAGUUUGUUUGUCAAUAAAUUAUAGCUUAACAUGAAUCGAGUAUUCAGGCUUUAUCAAUUAAUCCAGAUGAAAAUUCUGUGAUUUCAAUUGCAUUAAAGGAUCAUUAUAUAAAUGUUAUGGCGAUAUCAGAUAAACAAAUAUGGUAUGUUAAAUAAGUUAUAUAAUCUCCUGAUGUAUUACAAAAAAUAUGUUUUAUCACUAAUUAAAUAUUUGUUGCUCAAUUAGGGUAAGGAUAUUAAGCAACAAAGGAUAUAUAAUUAUUUAAAAUAAAUACUGCUGAAAAAUUUUAUAUGUUUAACAAAAUUCCAAUAAAAGGAAAAGGAGAAAAUUGGUAUUUUAGUUUUUAAACAGUUUAUAAUCCUAUAAAAUAAAUUCUUAUUCUUCAAAAUGGUAAGUAAUUAAAUAUCAUUCGGUUUACUAACUUAAAUACUUAGUUUAAAUCAAAUUAAGGUUAUUUCGAAUGUAAUAUGGUUUUAAAACUACAACUAUUUAUGGAACAUUAAGUUAUGAUGGAGAGUUUCUAAUAACUUGGGAUGACAAAUCUAAUAGAAUUAAAAUAAGAAUAUAUAAUCAUGAAGAUGAAUAAGAAUAAUAUUAUAAAUAUUGAAAAUAUUGAUGUUUAAAAAUUAUAUUUUUUGAUUUAUUUCUUUCUUGAAUUUAAAGGAUGA